AUGUCCCCCUCGCGAGGCCCGCAGGUGCUCCCUCGCAAGCUACAUGCAACCCUUGACAGCCACAGAGGUCCAGUUCAUGUCGUCAGGUAUGCCAAAGGAAGCGCCAAGUACAUCGCUGUCGUACGUCUCUGGAACCCCGACCUUGGCACUGAAAUCAAGGCCUUCGAAGCACAUGGAUAUGAAGUUCUCUCCAUCUCCGUGAGCCACGACAAUGCCAAAUUCGCGUCUUCCGGAGGCGAUCGCUCUGUGUUCGUCUGGGACGUCACGGCCGGUGUUACGAGUCGGCGCCUGGCAGGCCACACAAGCAAGGUGUUUUCCGUUGAGUUCAACGUUGAUGCCACUGUUCUUGCGAGUGGUUCCUAUGAUGCGACUGUUAGGCUCUGGGAUCUACGGUCGCAAAGCCGCGCUCCCAUACAGGUCCUCGAAGAGGCCAAAGAUGCAGUCCAGACCCUUCAUGUCGACGGCAGCCACUAUCAUUUCCGGCUCAAACCAGUCACUUCCGUCAUUCCAUCUGCGGAUGGGACAACGUUCCUCGUAGCCACCCUCGAUUCGCAUGUCAGACUUUUCGACUUCGGGACUGGGAAAUUGCUCAACGCGUUACUGGGCCACUCACACACCUCAGCGAGUGUGGUAUGUGGUGAUGAAGAUGGACACGUCUGGGCGUGGGACCUUGUAGAUGCCACCAUUCUCCAACCCAACCCACCGCCAAAGGUUCAUGAUAAGGUAAUCACCUGGACAGAGCAUCAUCCCACUCAGCCCGAUGAGAUGGUUACCGCGAGCGCAGAUGGUACAGUAAAAGUAUGGAGACAUACAUAA